UCUUACUCUUUCGUCCCCCCCGACUGCUGCGCGGCCCCGAACCGGCCCCCACUUGCCACCGACUGGUUGCAAUGGGGACCCUGCACGACGGCGCGCUCAUGCUUCAGCUGUGCUCGGAGUGCCUCCGGGAGGUCGCGGUCCUGCGCCAGGAGAGCUGCGCGACGCCGUGCGCAGCCCCGCGGCUCCGCCGGAGGCCGCCUGCAGCGCGGCGGCGGCGGAGGAGGCCGCCGCCGAGGGGAGCUGCACUGCGCCCGCCGCGGCGCCCAGCGCGCCGCCGCCGUCGCCGCCGUGGAGCGAAGGCGCCGGCGAGCGGCUGCGGGCCCUCUGCCUCGUGCAGGACGGGCCGCUGCGGGAGCGGCUGGUGUCGUCCUUGGAGGGCGGCUCGCUGGCCACGGAGCUCGGGCCGCUGGGCGGCGGCGCUGCCGCCCGCGCGGGCGCUGAGCUCCGCGCGGGGCGGUUGCGAGCGCUGGUGCUGGACCCCAGCGGCGCCGUGCGGUGGGACGCCGGCAGCGCCCUCGCUGCUGUGGAGGCCGACGGCGCAGGAGCGGCGCCGCCGCGCCUGUUCCUCUUCCCGCUCUUUGCGCGCCCGUGCCGGACGCUCGUGGAGGCGCUGGUGCGCAUCUGCCGGCGGGAGCGCGUGCUGCCGCCGCUGUCGCUGCUGCUGGAGGCACUGGCGGCGCUGCUGGCGCGGGGCGCCAGCGACCGCGAGGGCGUGGCCUGCAGUCUGCGGGCAGAGCUGCUCGCGGCCGUGAGCGGCGCGCUCGCCCAGCCGGAGCUGCGGGCCCGCCUGUACGCCGCGCCGGGGGGCCGCGUGGUGGUGCGCGACGCUCUGCACGGCGCCGGCGCGGAGGACACGCCCGAGGCGCCGCAGUUCCCGCCGUACGUCGACGGCGACGCGCCCGCGUCGUUGGGAGGCGCUCUCUGCGGCGACGUGGAGCGCGCGGCCGAGCUGGUGGCGCCGAGGCUGGCGGCCGUGCAGGCCCUGUGCGGCACGCGGGCGGCGCGGAGGGCGUCCGGUGAGGCCGUCCAGCUCGGCGCCUCCGCGGCCCGGGGGGCGGAGGCCCAGGACGUCCCGAGCCUCUUCCUCGGCCUCCUGGGCGCCCUGCGCUGCCCGGGCACGGCCGCGGCGCUGGGCCUGCCCGAGGAGGCCUGGCGCGACACGCCUGGGGGCGCCCUGCUGUGGGCCCUGGAGCCACCUGGAGUUCGCCGAGCCCGUGGUUGGCUGCUGGCCGGGCGCGGCCACGCAUCCCGCGGCGGGGGGGGUGGACGUGCUGCCCGUGCAGGCCGACGAGUCGGACGGCGCCGAGAGCCAGGCCGAGAGCCAGGGCUCGGCGGAGGACGGCCGCGAGGUCUCGCAGCGGCCCGUCGGGGCGGAGGAGGUGCAGCGGGCACGGGCCAGGUUCGUGCAGUGCUUCAGGGACGACUUCUUUAA